AUGGAAUGGAUCGCUCAGGAACAUAAUGCACAUGCUGAUGCCCUAGUAGGUCUUGCUUCGGUUUACAAGACCUCGGGCAGUCGCACUAUCACCUUUGACGAGGUCCCCAAAUCGAGCUUCGAAGAGCCGUGUGAACAGGUCAUGGCAAUCUCCCUCGGCCCGAGUCAACUGGAUCCAGUGAUUGAUUACUUGAAGAACCAGGUGUUGCCACCGAACAAGCGCGAAGCGUACAAACUCCAUUGCCGAGCGGCCAAUUUUUUCCUGGGUCCGAACGACAAUCUCUACCGACGAACUUUCACUGGCCCCGAUCUGCGUGUCGUCCACGACGACCUUGUGCCAGCCGUUCUGGAGGAACUCCAUUCGGGAAGCUGUGGGGCGCAUUCAGGAGGACGUUCCCUUGCACAGCGUGCUCUGACGCAAGGCUAUUGGUGGCCGAAGAUGGUCAAGCAUUCCGAAGAAUACGUGAAGCUCUGUGUUCGGUGCCAAAAGCAAGCGUCUCUCAUCCACCAGCCUGCCUUCCCCCUUAAAAUGAUCACUAGUCCGUGGCCGUUCGCGGUUUGGGCUUUUGACAUAGUAGGCAAGAUGCCGAAGCCACCUGGUGGAUUUGAGUAUAUGCUCACUGCCACGGAUUUGUUCACCAAGUGGGUUGAAGCUUCCCCCAUGAUCAAGACCACCGCUGGCGGCGUGGAACGCUUUAUUUGGAAGCACAUCAUCUCGAGGUUCGGCGUACCAUACGCCAUCCUUUCUGACAAUGGUUCUCAGUUUGUUGCGUCCGCCUUCAAAGCUUUUUAUGCAAAGCGCCACAUCACCAUCCAUAAUUCCUCGGUGGCCUAUCCUCAAGGUAGUACCCCAUUUGCUAUGGCUUACGGCAUGGAAGCCAUCCUCCCUUUGUCUACUAUGCUCCCUACGGUCCGAAUGGAGAAUUUUAACCCUGUGGACAACAAUGCACUUGUGGGAACCGAAUUAGACCUCGCCGAAGAACUACGUGACAAUGCUAACCUUCGGCAGGCCGCGUAUCAGCAAAAAGUUGCAAGGGGCUACAACCGCACUGUUCGUGCUCGUCCAUUUAACGUCGGGGACUUAGUUCUUCGGAUGGUUACCGAAGCGUCCAAGCUAACCAAGCUGAAGGAUCCCUAUGAAGGACCUUACCGAGUGGUGGAGAAGAUCGGGCAUGGUGUCUACAAGCUUGCUGAAAUGGAUGGGACGCCAAUUGUCAAUCCGUGGAAUGCUCAAAAACUUAGGAAAUUCCAUGGAUAG